UCAAGUACAAUCUUCGUGUUAGGACUGGAACUGUUCGAAUUUUUCAAACAACUUGAACUUCUUAUUAUUUUCCUAAUCGCUUUGACUUUUUUAGCAAAGCAACUAACAUCUCGACAAGUCACCCUUUCUAGGGACAAGAAAGCUGAAAGAGUGAAACAGAAGUUACAGCAAAAGUCCUUACCGGAGCAGGUUGUCUUUCGCCGGGUGUCACCCGAUCCCGUCGCCGUCAUGAGUCGCGUGUUGGCGGGUAAUAGACACCGAGGAGACUCGGUGUCGUCCAACUGGACCGCAACACGUCGCCUCGUCUUUCCCCAGGAGAGACUUCUUCCGCUCCUUUCUUUUUAAAUCCAUACCGAGCUCGGAAACGGAGUCUCUCCACCAAGUCUCCCGAAACAUGCGCUCCUUUGCCGGGCUAGCCGCCACUGUGGCGGCCGCAACCGUCUACCUCUACCUGCUCUCCACUCACCUUCCGCCCGCAGACGACCACCUUCGGCCAGCCACUCAGGGAGGGGACGAGCCGGUGGAGCACUACUACAAGUUGAAGUUCCCAUCAGAUCUUGACGAGCUGCGUGAGCUAGCAGAGAUGCUCAAGUUCUACAAGCGAGAACAUCAUGGCUACGUUCUGCUGCUCUUCUGCAGCGCUUACCUCUACAAGCAGUCCUUUGCCAUUCCUGGUUCCUCCUUCCUGAACAUGCUUGCCGGUGCAAUAUUCGGACCCUGGGAGGGUCUGGCCUUGGCUUGCCUGCUCACCACCACAGGCUCCACGUUCUGCUACUUACUCUCGUCUGCCUUCGGGAAGCAGCACGUGGUCCGGAUCUUCCCAGAAAAGGUGGCCCUGCUGCAGAGGAAGGUUGAGGAAAAUCGUAGCAGUCUGUUCUUUUUCCUCCUCUUCCUCCGUUUCUUCCCCAUGACUCCUAACUGGUUCCUUAACAUCACCUGUCCUGUCCUCAACAUCCCCAUGUCCAUUUUCUUCUUCUCUGUCUUCAUAGGUUUGAUUCCCUACAACUUCAUCUGUGUGCGCACGGGCGCCAUCCUCUCCGAGAUCCACUCCCUGGACGACAUCUUCUCGUGGGGGACGCUGGCCCAGCUUCUGGCCAUCGCGCUGGUGGCGUUGGUCCCCGGAGCACUCAUCAAGCGCUACAGUCAAGCUCACCUCAGGGUGGACGACAUGGACGGCGCUCAGGAUGAGAACACAACGGAUCGCAAGAGACGAUGACCACCAGGAGGAACCAUCGUGAGGACAUUCAUGGACAUCGGUCAACCGUUGACUUUUCUGUUAACCGCUGCCUUGUCGCCUCAGCCAGGACAAGAACUGACAGUGACCACAAUAUUAGGAACACAUGAGUGCAGACUUCUGCCAUGGUCAGAAAAUUCUGAAGAUGUCUUUCUGAAUCCUUUUACCUAAAAAAAAAAAGGCCCAUCAUGAUCCACUCCAGUCCUCUAGGUGUCAGAAGUGAGCAAGUCUUUUUGAACCACAGCUCCUUUUGCUGGAUCUGGUGGCUCACUGCAUCACUUUGCCCUAACACAAGUAGAAUUUAACCACCCAAUGUGAAAAGGAAAGCAACCAACAAAUGGCAAUUAAAACAAAAAAGGUUUUGAUCGACACUGAUCUGAUGGUUUUUGCAAUAUAUUCCUACCUUACUUAAGAGUCAAAAUAUUACAAACAUCUCUCAGUCUUAGGUAAUGGAAAGCACAACAUUUAAAUAUGUUCUCUGACAGUGUCAGUCAAAAGUGAACAUCUUUGUAAAGAUUUUUGUUGUAUUGGAUCUCAUUAGAUCGUGCAUGUGAGCCUCCAGGACUUUAGAAGACUUUAGAGUGCCAUCAACAUGUUCAAAUGAACAUCAUGUCCCAAAGUCUGAUUAUAAACUAGAGACGUGUUUACAUGCAUAUUUUGUAUCCUUUUCUUGUAAAUGUUUCUUUCCUUUGCUGUGUUUUCUGAUUCUUUCUCUCUGUUGUCUUCCUGAAGCACUUAAGAUGUCUUAAUGGACUCGAAUAUGGUCUGAAUUCACCUUUGAAGGUCAUGUGUUGUCUUGUUACUACUGUGCGAGUCAGUGUGUGUCUGAGGAUGAGAGAUUGUUGUUCUCUUCUUCUUUGACCAAAUUUGUUUUUUUAAAUGUAUGUUUAAGAAGGCUGCAGUGAAUCUCGCCUUUUUG